AUGUAUGGAAAUAUUUAUCGCGACGGUUCACACAAGGGAACACCACACGAACCGUUCGCGCAGAAUACCGCGUUCGGCUGGAUUCUCUCGGGUCCUACCGUCGAAACCUGCCCCCGCAAUUCCGUACCCGCAUAUCAUACUAACAUUUCACCUAAUCUUGAGCAUACCUUAAAACAGUUCUGGGAACUCGAAGAUAUCCCAGCCCGCGUUCAUCCGAGUCCGGAAGACACCCAAUGUGAGGAGCAUUUUGUGACGACUCACUACCGCACCAUGGAAGGACGCUACGUCGUGCGUUUUCCCUUUAGAAAUGGCCCGCCUCGCGACCUUGGAGACUCUCGAUUCGCCGCGUUGAAGAGUCUCGAACGGCUCGAACGUCGUUUUCGAACCGACCCAUCGUUAGCAACGGAAUACACCGCAUUCCUUACCGAGUACGCAAACCUAGGUCAUAUGACUAAGAUAAAUCCUACCGAAUUUCCCGCCCAAGCUCCCGCGUACUACAUUCCACACCGUGCCGUGAUCCGUGAACAUAGCAAUACAACCCGACUUCGUGUUGUGUUUAACGCGUCGUGCAACACCGCCACCGGCAAAUCAUUAAAUAGCGCUCUUCAUGUAGGAGCAAAAUUGCAAACCGAUCUAGUAGCGGUCGUCCUCCAAUGGCGACAACCUCGAUUUGCACUAUCAGCGGACAUCGCCAAAAU